GGCCGGGCCGAGUUCGCCGGCGUGCCGGUUCCCCCGUGCGGCGGCGGCAACGGCAGGUGUGGGCGCCGCGCCGCGCGGCCGUCCUCCCGCCCGUCGCCAUGUACGCGGUGUACAAGCAGGCGCACCCGCCCACCGGCAUCGAGUUCUGCAUGUACUGCAACUUCUUCAGCCACAGCGAGCGCAACCUCGUGGUGGCCGGCACGUCGCAGCUGUGCGUGUACCGGCUGAACCGCGACGCCGAGGUUCUGACCAAAAACGACCGGAGCACAGACGGGAAGGCCCACAGGGAGCGGCUGGAGCUGGUGGCCUCCUUCUCCUUCUUUGGCAAUGUCAUGUCCAUGGCCAGUGUCCAGCUGGCGGGCUCCAAACGUGAUGCCCUGCUCCUCAGCUUCAAGGACGCUAAGCUGUCAGUGGUGGAAUAUGACCCUGGCACCCAUGACCUGAAGACCCUGUCGCUGCACUACUUCGAGGAGCCCGAGCUACGGGACGGGUUCGUGCAGAACGUGCACACGCCGCACGUGCGCGUGGACCCUGAUGGGCGCUGCGCUGCCAUGCUCAUCUACGGUACGCGGCUGGUGGUGCUUCCCUUCCGCAGGGAAAGCCUGGCUGAGGAGCACGAGGGGCUCGUGGGAGAAGGGCAGAGGUCCAGCUUCCUGCCGAGCUACAUCAUUGACGUUCGGGCACUCGACGAGAAGCUGCUCAACAUCGUGGACCUACAGUUCCUGCAUGGCUACUAUGAGCCCACCCUGCUCAUCCUGUUCGAGCCCAACCAGACCUGGCCCGGGCGCGUGGCUGUAAGGCAGGACACCUGCUCCAUCGUGGCCAUCUCGCUGAACAUCACACAGAAGGUGCACCCCGUCAUCUGGUCCCUCACCAGCCUGCCCUUCGACUGCACCCAGGCUCUGGCCGUGCCCAAGCCCAUAGGUGGGGUGGUGAUCUUCGCCGUGAACUCAUUGCUGUACCUGAACCAGAGUGUGCCUCCAUAUGGCGUUGCCCUCAACAGCCUCACUGCGGGCACCACGGCCUUCCCGCUGCGCACCCAGGAGGGCGUGCGCAUCACCCUGGACUGUGCACAGGCCGCCUUCAUCUCCUAUGACAAGAUGGUCAUCUCCCUCAAAGGCGGUGAGAUCUACGUACUGACCCUGGUCACCGACGGCAUGCGCAGCGUCCGAGCCUUCCACUUUGAUAAGGCGGCAGCCAGCGUCCUUACCACCAGCAUGGUCACCAUGGAACCUGGGUACCUGUUCCUGGGCUCGCGCCUGGGCAACUCCCUCCUCCUCAAGUACACAGAGAAGCUGCAGGAGCCACCUGCCAGUGCUGUCCGUGAUGUGGCUGACAAGGAAGAGCCACCCUCCAAGAAGAAGCGGGUGGACACCACCGUGGGCUGGUCAGGGAGCAAGUCCGUGCCACAGGACGAGGUGGACGAGAUUGAGGUGUAUGGCAGCGAGGCCCAGUCGGGCACGCAGCUGGCCACCUACUCAUUUGAAGUGUGCGACAGUAUCCUCAACAUUGGGCCCUGUGCCAAUGCUGCCAUGGGCGAGCCUGCCUUCCUCUCUGAAGAGUUUCAGAACAGCCCUGAGCCGGACCUGGAGAUUGUGGUGUGCUCCGGUUAUGGGAAGAAUGGGGCACUGUCGGUGCUGCAGAAGAGCAUCCGGCCCCAGGUGGUGACCACCUUUGAGCUCCCUGGCUGCUAUGACAUGUGGACGGUGGUCGCACCGGCACACAGGGAGGAGGAGGACACGCCCAAGGGGGAGGGCACAGAGCAGGAGACGGGUACCCCUGAGGCUGAAGAUGACAGCCGCCGGCACGGCUUCCUCAUCCUGAGCCGGGAGGACUCCACCAUGAUCCUGCAGACCGGCCAGGAGAUCAUGGAGCUAGACACGAGUGGCUUUGCCACUCAGGGCCCUACUGUCUUUGCUGGAAACAUUGGGGACGAUCGCUACAUCGUCCAAGUGUCUCCGCUGGGCAUCCGCCUGCUGGAAGGAGUGAACCAGCUGCACUUCAUCCCCGUGGACCUGGGAGCCCCCAUCGUGCAGUGUGCCGUGGCCGACCCCUACGUGGUCAUCAUGAGCGCUGAGGGUCACGUCACCAUGUUUCUGCUGAAGACUGACUCGUACGGUGGCCGCCACCACCGCCUGGCGUUGCACAAGCCCCCACUGCACCACCAGUCCAAGGUGAUUGCGCUCUGCCUGUACCGUGACGUCAGUGGCAUGUUCACCACGGAGAGCCGCCUGGGCGGGGCCCGCGAUGAUGCUGGGGGCCGGAGCAGCCUGGAGGCCGAGGGCCUGGCUGUGGAGACCAGCCCCACAGUGGACGACGAGGAGGAGAUGCUGUACGGGGACUCUGGCGCCCUCUUCAGCCCGAGCAAGGAGGAGGCCCGCAGGAGCAGCCAGCCGCCAGCGGACCGCGACCCCGCACCCUUCCGGGCAGAGCCCACCCACUGGUGCCUGCUGGUGCGGGAGAAUGGCACCAUGGAGAUCUAUCAGCUGCCUGACUGGCGACUGGUAUUCCUGGUGAAGAACUUUCCCGUGGGGCAGCGGGUGCUGGUGGACAGUUCCUCAGGACAGCCUAGCACACAGGGUGAGGCCCGCAAGGAAGAGGCCACGCGCCAAGGAGAGCUUCCCCUUGUCAAGGAGGUGCUGCUCGUUGCACUGGGCAGCCGCCAGAGCAGACCCUACCUGCUGGUGCACGUCGACCAGGAGCUGCUCAUCUAUGAAGCCUUCCCCCACGACUCACAGCUGGGCCAGGGCAAUCUCAAAGUCCGCUUCAAGAAGGUCCCCCACAACAUCAACUUCCGGGAGAAGAAGCCAAAGCCAUCCAAGAAGAAGACCGAGGGUGCUGGCCCCGAGGAGGGAGCCGGGGCCCGGGGCCGCGUGGCGCGCUUCCGCUACUUCGAAGACAUUUAUGGCUACUCGGGGGUGUUCAUCUGCGGCCCCUCGCCUCAUUGGCUCCUGGUGACUGCCCGGGGGGCUCUGCGGCUGCAUCCCAUGGGCAUCGACGGCCCCAUCGACUCCUUUGCGCCCUUCCACAAUGUCAACUGUCCCCGUGGCUUCCUUUACUUCAACAGACAGGGCGAGCUGAGGAUCAGCGUCCUGCCUGCCUAUCUGUCCUACGACGCCCCCUGGCCCGUCAGGAAGAUCCCCUUGCGCUGCACCGCCCACUACGUGGCUUACCACGUGGAGUCCAAGGUGUAUGCAGUGGCCACCAGCACCAACACGCCGUGCACCCGCAUCCCACGCAUGACGGGCGAGGAGAAGGAGUUUGAGACCAUUGAGAGAGAUGAGCGCUACGUGCACCCCCAGCAGGAGGCCUUCUCCAUCCAGCUCAUCUCCCCAGUCAGCUGGGAGGCCAUUCCCAACGCCAGGAUCGAGCUGGAGGAGUGGGAGCAUGUGACGUGCAUGAAGACCGUGUCGCUGCGCAGCGAGGAGACCGUGUCGGGCCUCAAGGGCUACGUGGCAGCCGGAACCUGCCUCAUGCAGGGCGAGGAAGUCACCUGCCGAGGACGGAUCCUCAUCAUGGACGUGAUCGAGGUGGUGCCUGAGCCAGGCCAGCCCCUGACCAAGAAUAAGUUCAAGGUGCUUUAUGAAAAGGAGCAGAAGGGGCCUGUGACUGCCCUGUGCCACUGCAACGGGCACCUGGUAUCUGCCAUUGGCCAGAAGAUCUUCCUGUGGAGCCUGCGGGCCAGCGAGCUGACGGGCAUGGCCUUCAUCGACACGCAGCUGUACAUCCACCAGAUGAUCAGCGUCAAGAACUUCAUCCUGGCGGCCGAUGUCAUGAAGAGCAUCUCCCUGCUGCGCUACCAGGAAGACAGCAAGACGCUGAGCCUCGUGUCACGGGAUGCCAAGCCCCUGGAGGUGUACAGCGUCGACUUCAUGGUGGACAACGCGCAGCUGGGUUUCCUGGUGUCAGACCGAGACCGCAACCUCAUGGUGUACAUGUACCUGCCAGAAGCCAAGGAGAGCUUUGGCGGCAUGCGCCUCCUGCGCCGGGCGGAUUUCCAUGUGGGCGCUCACGUCAACACCUUCUGGAGGACACCGUGCCGGGGUGCUGAAGGGCCCAGCAAGAAGUCGGUUGUGUGGGAGAACAAGCACAUCACGUGGUUUGGUGAGUGCCUGGAGGUCGGGGCCAUGGGCAGGGGACCAGUGCUCAGCCUAGCUCACGCACCCUCCCCCGCAGCCACACUGGACGGCGGCAUCGGGCUGCUGCUGCCCAUGCAGGAGAAGACCUACCGGCGGCUGCUGAUGCUGCAGAACGCGCUGACCACCAUGCUGCCCCACCAUGCUGGCCUUAACCCCCGUGCCUUCCGCAUGCUGCACGUGGACCGGCGCACCCUGCAGAACGCAGUGCGCAACGUGCUGGACGGAGAACUGCUGACCCGCUACCUGUACCUCAGCACCAUGGAGCGUGGCGAGCUGGCCAAGAAGAUCGGCACCACGCCUGACAUUAUCCUGGAUGACCUGCUGGAGACGGACCGUGUCACUGCCCACUUCUAGCCUCCCGCACUGCCUCCCUCCUGUUUUGUACAAAAAAACACAAGGACAAAUGUGUUGACUUGA